AUGUCCUCCCCAUCCCCGACCAUCGUCUCCGCACCGGGCAAGGUCCUCGUCGCCGGCGGCUAUCUCGUCCUCGACCCUGCCUACCGCGGCGUCGUCGUUUCGACGUCGUCCAGAUUCUACUCCGUGGUGCAGGAUGCCGCGGGCGGCGCUGCUGCUAACCGCAUCGUGGUGCGAUCGCCCCAGUUUACCGAUGCGGCAUGGCAGUACGAUGUCGGCUUUGAGGGAGGCUUGGUUAGCGUCGAGCCGUCCAGUGGGAGUGCGAGCAAGAACAAGUUCGUGCAUCUGGCGCUGCUGCACACGCUCAAGCUCAUCGCGGAAAUUCGGGAGUCCAAGGGCGCUGCUACAGAGCCGCUGGCUGCGGCGCUCACUUCCGGCAUCGACAUCGCCAUCGUCGGGGACAACGACUUUUACUCGCAGCGGGAAAAGCUCUCCUCGCUCGGCCUACAACCCACACUCUCAGACCUCUCCUCGCUCCCACCAUUCAGCCCCAUCGGCGUCCCGCUCGCCUCGGUGCACAAGACCGGGCUCGGGUCCUCGGCCGCCCUAAUCACAUCGCUCGUGUCCGCGCUACUGCUGCACCUCCGCGCGAUCGACGCGGAGCGCUUCGCAGACGGCGCGAGCGCGGACCGGCGGCUGGCGCACCACGCCGCGCAGUUCGUGCACUGUCUCGCGCAGGGCAAGGUCGGGAGCGGGUUCGAUGUCGCCGCGGCGAUCUUUGGGAGCCACAUGUACAAGCGGUUUGGUGAGGGGGUGAUUCGGCCGCUGUUGGGGAUGGAGGGCGCGCAGAAGCUGUAUCCGGUGUUGUCGCCGACGAACACGGCGUGGGACUAUGUCGCGGAGUCGUUCACGCUGCCGCCUUUUGUACGGCUCAUUCUCGGGGACGUUUCCAUCGGGAGCGAGACGCCGUCGAUGGUCAAGGACGUGUUGAGGUGGCGGAGCGCGAGCGGGACCGCGGAAGCAGCUAACGUGUUGUGGAACGAGAUCAACGAGUCGAACCAGGGGCUUGCGAAUGCGCUGCAGAAGUUGACGUAUCUGGCGUCGCAGAUACGCGACGAGUACGAGGCGACCGUUACUGAGCUGUCGUCGUUGCCGCCGUCGGAGGUAUGGUCGCCUAAACACGGCGUGACGCCCCUGCAGACGCCCGAUGGAUCAAGGACAGUCGCAGCGGGGCUGUAUGAGGUCCACCAAAUUAGCGAAAACAUCCGGAAACUCAUGCGGACGAUGGGCCAAGCAGCCAAAGUCGACAUCGAGCCCCCGGAGCAGACGCGGCUGCUGGACACUUGCAUGUCGAUAGACGGCGUCGUGGGCGGCGGGGUCCCCGGAGCCGGCGGAUACGACGCUAUCUGGCUGCUCGUCCUCGACCCGCCCGCCGCGGCGGACCCGCCCGUCGCGCGCGUGGAGAGGGCGUGGAGCGAGUACGAGAGGGCCAACGCGGGCGUGAGCGUCUCGCCGCUGCUCGCGCGGGAGAGCGAGGAGCAGGGCGCGCGCGUCGAGGCGCUCGGCGGGGUGCCUGGGCUCAGGGACGCCGUUGCCGCUCGAUGA